AUGUCCGGUGAUAAAUUCCCAAUGCUCACCGGAGUUCUGACGCCGUUUUUGCUGAUAUGGUCCCAUUACGUCACAUCCAUACACUCGUCCAUUACGCCAUUCAACCUCUCCCACUUUCUCUAUCCCAAAGUCACCUCCUUCACUGAAUCGGACACUUCUCUGCCGCAACCCCCGCCUUUUCUGCAGGGUGUUUUGGAUGCAAUUGCCAAGAAAGAGAGAUGGGCGGUGGAGGAUAUUCGGGUUUCUGAGGUGGACGUGAAGAAAGCUAAAUACAGAACAGGACUUAGAUAUGAGUUAAGGGUUCAUUUUGGGAAGGCUGAAAUUGUUCUUAAGAUGCACGAUGAGUUAUCAGAAUGGAGAAAAAUGAUGGCUCAAAUGAACGGAACACUGAAUUUUGAGGCUAUGGCUACCAUUAUUGCGACCGAGGCUGUAAUUGAUAGUUUCAAAAUGGAAGGCCCUUUUGAACUGCGGGUCACAAGUGAUAAUGAUCAGCUCUCGCUUGUGUUGCCCUUAAACACGACCCACUCUGGUCUGAAGCAGAUAUCAGUCGGUGAAGGUAUUCUAGUAGAUAUACAAGGUGCACGAGAAAUUUCCAUGUUCCAUCCUCCUACUAUUUCCACUUAUGGAAACUGGAACUAUUUUGGCAUUAUUUUGCCCGGUUUAUGCACGGCACCAACGCCCAUACGCAUUCUGGGGCCUGCAUCCGUAUUGGCACACAGAAAUCAAAGACCCACAGCGCUCGUUCAGACUGCUUUCACCUCCGAAAAGGCAAUUAAAUUAUUGCCGGACAAAUGUUAUGGCAAGAGACAGAGACGUCUUCAUGAUUCCCUGAGCAGCAGAAUAGGCUCCCUCGAGAGGGUUUUGAGGAGCUUUUUAAACAUUAGCAGCAGUAAAAGUUAUGCCUUGGGAUCUGUGAAGACUAGAGUUAAACCGUUGUCCGCAUUCCGUUUCCGUUUGGAACUGGAAAGAGAGAUUAGGGAUGAUGAUGCAUUUUGGAGCACGUCUGCCGAGUGGAGAACGAGGCCUACCGUCGAGCGCGUGUAUUUCGAAGUACUGGCAAGAAUUGAAGAUGAAGUUUUGAGACCAUUGGUCAUCAAGAAGGUCCGACCUAUGAUUGAUACAGAUACAUUUGCGUGGAGUAGUUUAUCUUCGAAUAUUUCUUUCACACAGUUUCCCUCGGUGUUCCUCCCUCCGGAGGCCUUAACGCUGGAUGUGAAAUGGUAG